UACAGUUUUGCAUCAGCUCUAAAGUGUCCUGUUGCUCUAGAUGUCAUCUGAGUCACAAGUGCAGUGGGAGGGACUAUAGCCUAGACUACAUCGAUCCGAAACCGGUUAGGAGGCGCAGAGACAACAGACAGAUAAAGUUAGGAGGAGACGCGCCGCGCCAGCAGUCCUCAAGUCCGUCCGUGAAUUGAUUCUGUUUUUCCGACACUACCGGCAGCGGUACAUUUAAACCCGGUAGACCAGAGCAGACUCGUGCUGCCUUUAAUGGUUUACCGAAAGGGGAAGAAGUAACUUUCAAGUACUUUUUACAUGCUGCGGCUUUCUGUCAGAUCCAGUAAAAGAAAGAUUUGAAAACUGUCUACAAGAAACAACCAGAGGAGGAAGAAGAGGCUUCUAAUAUUUUAAGUCAAAACAGGAUUAUGAGUCUCACCACACGUCUCCUCUGUCUUACGUCUUGCCAAAUGUUGCUGUUAAGAGGACAAGAUUUUCUAUUGAUGUCUGGGAUUUCCUUAUUAAUUCCACACUGAAGCGGUUAUUAUUUUCUUCUCAACAAGAUGAACAAUAGCACUGUUUCGAAUGCAUCAUGUAACUAUACCUGCAUUGUGGGCCGCGAUGGCAAACCGGCCACAAGUAUCAUCAUGUUUCUGCUUGGUGUUGUCGGAAACCUCCUGGCUCUGUUUAUCCUGGGAGUGCAUCAGAAGGAGCAUCGCUCCAGGUCCUCUGUGUUCUGCAUCCUGGUAACCGGCCUGGCUCUCACAGAUCUUCUGGGCACCUGCCUUCUAAGCCCACCUGUAUUCAUCUGUUAUGCCCGCAGCAUGUCCCUUACAGACCUAGGCGGCAAAGGACUGUGUAACCUCUUCGGCUUUGCCAUGAGUUUCUUCGGCCUUGCACCCACGCUCAUCCUGUGCGCCAUGGCUGUGGAACGCUGCCUGGCCAUCAGCCACCCUUACUUUUACUCUGUACACAUCCGCCGCAACUUUGCUAAAUUUACCCUUCUCUUUAUCUACCUAUUUUCUGUGGCCUUCUGCCUACUGCCCUUUGUUGGUUACGGUAAAUUCAGGCAGUACUGCCCUGGGACAUGGUGCUUCAUUGACAUGGAUGCGACUGAGGAUGAACAGGCCAACUUGGUUUUGGCUUUCUCUCUGUCCUACUCCUCCCUCACGGCACUGCUGAUCUUUGCAGUGUUCGUGUGCAACGGUUCAGUGAUUAUCACCCUUUGCAAGAUGCACAAGAGCCAUAUACUGCGCCGUGGUUCGGUCGGGUCAACGGGCAGAAAGAGGAGGCUGAGCCUGGCCUGGUUUGGGCAGGGAGAAGAGGAGAUGGAUCACCUGGUGCUGCUGGCGCUCAUCACUGUCAUCUUUGUGGUCUGCUCACUGCCACUCACUAUUGCAGGCUUUAUCAAUGCGAUCCAUCCAUUUUGCGGUGACAUAGAGAACCUGACAGCUUUCAGAUUCUAUGCCCUCAACCCCAUCGUUGAUCCUUGGGUUUUUAUCAUCUGCCGCAAGUCCGUGUUUCGCCACCUUUGCUCUCUGCUGAGCUUCCGGUUCAGUAAAGGAGCCGUAAAGACGACAGCACACUGCGCUCUGUCUUUACCCCUUGACAAUGUCAUACAGCGCAACCCACCGGAUACGUCAGUUCCACCAACCAACAUGUAUUCCAAUUUACCUCGAUGACCCACAAAAACCCGUGGCAGUGCAAGGUGAUGGCCUGGAGGCUGGAGGACAUUUCUAUAUGGAAAAAACUUUUAAGGAAAACUCCAAAAUUCCUGCACCUAGUAUUUGAAGCCACAAAGACAAGACUCUGUCACAAUUUAAAUCUACACAUGGCUGUUAAAAUUUCUCCCUUAACUUUGGAAAAAGUGACUGCACUAAGUGUUAACUUUCCACUAACAGACGGAAGUUAUUUCAACAUUGCAAGGGGAGCUGUGCCAUUAAAACAGCACUGUGACUUGGAACUAAGACACUUACAGUCAUGUCAGGCCAAAGGAUGACAUACUGUAAAAUCAGAAUAUAUGCAGUUGAGGAAAGCUGUAUGGAAAUGCAUGAAUGUAUAGUAUUUCGUUUUUAUCUCGGUCAGUCGGCCCUUUCUUUAAGGCACAGUAAGUCUGUUAAUGCAUUAUCUAAGUCUAAAGAAUGGAUGAGAUGAGAUUCAGCUCACGCAACGUGCCUGCUUACACGGUUUAUUUGGAUGACAUAUGUGUGUAACAGAUAUACAAGAUUGUUAUUGAACUGUCCACUGCCCAUAAUCCAGAAUAGCCUUAACAAGUCUGCUACCAUGCGAUAUCCCCAUGUGGAAAUUAAAUGAACUUACAGGAAAUGUCUUGAAAGACUUGUGUGUCUCAUACUAUGACUUAUCUAUUAAAAAUGUCUUUGUGUGUCAUGAAACAUGAAUUAAAAAACAUAUGAAUUACAUUUAAAUCAAAUAAAAUUUAUUAUGAAUAGGAAUAAAUAUAGAACUAAAUUACAGUAUGAUAUAUAAGUCUCACAGAACUUUCUGUAUAUUAAGCAAACAUUUACUAAUGGAGACAAUGGGGCCGGGGGGAUUGUUUGUUUUUCUUUUUAUUUCUUUUCCAAGCUGAAUGCUAAUGAUAUCAAUGUUUGUUGUAUGUGCAACAUAUGCUAAUGUUUAGCAGAUCCAGUGUUAGCAAUGCUAAUUACUAAUGUGUCAGUAGUUAUUAUGAAUGAGCAUGAGUGAAUCCAGUGAAGAAACCAAAUUUGGUCAAAAACCAAAGUGGACACAAGUACUGGGCCACCUAAAAGAGCUUCUCAGCAAUGGAAACACAUACCAUGAAGCUCCCAGGACACUGUUUACAUGCUGAUGUUAAUGACAGAGGAAGUCUGGAACUCUGAAGUUACUGAGUCAGCAGAGAGUUUGCAACUUAAAAUUACUGCCCUUCCUCGGUACUUUUACGUGGUCUGCUUCUUCAUGAAUGAGUUGCUGCGGUUACUUAAUGUUUCCACUUGAUUUGUGGAAUAUCUAAGAGGGAAAACAUUUUACAAACUUAAUUGCUGCAGUGAUGGUGUCCUAUUACGGUUCCUUACUUGAAUUCAGUGAGCUCUUUAGGACAACCGGCUUUCUCACAAGCGUUUGUAAAGGCAGACUGCAUGGCUAGUCGAUUUUGUAAACUUGUGGCAAUAAAAUAGAAAGCAGCUGUAUUUGAAGAUUAAGAGAUGAGGCCUAUUUCUUUGUCUAUAUAGUGUAUUUUUAUUUAAGACCAAAAAUCUCAAACACGGGUUGGCGCUAGACCAAGACGUCAGUAGGUUUUUCUCAAUUUUACAGAAAGGUCCCAAGGGGUCACAUUUUUCUGCUCUGCAUUGUGUUGACCAGACUCUGCUGGUGGCUUCAGAGACUUUCUCAGACAUCGCCCACAUUGUAUUUACUUACAUAUGAAGAAGCAGUAGGCAACAAAGUAGAGACCACCUUAUCUCGACUGAGGGAUAAACAUAGACUGUCCGUCUCAAGUAUAACAACUUCCUGCGAAGGGGAGCCCUCAGAAUAGGAGUAACAAUAAAAUCUGUAAACACGUGUAAUGUCCUUUUUCUCCAAGAAAGUGUAAACUCUUCUACAGUUUAUAUCAGAGUCUCCUGAAAUAUCCUUUCUUUAAAAAAAUCACAUCUUUGUCAAGACUUAUGUAUCAACUGUUCCAAGAACAAAACCACUGUGACUGAAAAAAUAGAUUUCAGAAACGUAAACCUUUUACUUCUUCAGGAAUUAAGAUUGCCUGACUCAUAACACUGACUAUUUUGUGUUUCAUGUGUUUGUGUUUGUAUGUGUGUGUUUUCUAAAAGACAUCCUCUACCUUUUUACACCGAUAAGGUUUAAGUGAAUGUGAAAAUGUAAUACAAAUAUAUGUUUAUGUAUAUAUGUUAGUACAGUAGAAGCUUUUCAUAAUUGUGCUCUGUUGGGGAAAAAAACCUGUCGUAAAAAUGGCCUAUUCCUUUUACCACUUACUUUAGCAUUAAAACAGUAAUGUGAAGGUAAACCUGCCUUUUUUGCAAGUCUAAUAAUAAUAUUUUAUGUUGAGAAAUGAAAUGGAUUAGUAUAUGUUGUUACUAUUCCAAACUAUCUCUGAGAUUUGGGUUACUUCUUUUUCAGAGGGUUUCAUUCCUGUGGGAGGCCUGUUCAUAAUGUCACUGUUUUGCUUGAAAAUUGCAUUCUGCUUUUCUUCCUCCUUAUCACAGAUCUCUAAACUACCUAUGAUGAUUGUGAAUGUUAUUUUAAGAGCUUUUUGCUUUUAAAAAUUCUGUGCUGCUGCAAAAUGCACUGUGAGAAUUAAGACUUUUAACUUUAAAGCUGUAACUGUAUUAGUGCCGUUUUCCUGUGCUGUAAAGCAGUGUGUUUUAAUGAUCAUGUAAGUUUGAUUUAUGCAACUGCAGAUGUAUGAGUAUGACAAAAAUUGCCUUUUUUUUUUUCAAAACAUUUUUGUCUUCGAUCCACAUUCACGUUUUGAUUUCACUUAUGCUCAGUCAUGCAUGUCUCGAUGUUAGACACAUUACCACCCACACAUUUUGCUCUUCGAGCUGUAAAUCCAUUGAAUUGAAUGAAAGAAUAUCAUUCAUUCUAUCAUUAACAUUUCAUUCAUGUGAAAUAAAAUCUCAUUACAGUUA